GGCGGGGUUGGCGCGAGAUAGAAAAGUUCGCUUUUUUGGUUCCCGGGCGGGAGGCGGCGAGCGCGCUUGCAGUUGCGCCGGAGUGGCUGAGCUCGCUUUGCUUUGGGAAGAUUUAGCGGCAUUUUUUUUUUGUUUUUUGUUUUGCGCAGCCCUGGCGGCGGCGGCGACUUCUCCGUCGGGUCCCCGGUGGCUCUUUUCCCUUUGAAAACUUCUGGCUCGUUUUAUGAUUUUCCUGCAAAAGCUGGAAGGCUGCAGAAUGUCUCGUCGGGCUGGCUGUGAAGAGCAAGAAGAACUGCUUUACCAGGAUUCAGAUGUGAUAGACCGACGGGAUAACAGAUGUAAAGUCAAGUGGUCUCGUGAAGAAGAUGAGCUGCUGAAUUCGCUGGUGACACAGUUUGGACAUGACUGGAAAUUCCUAGCAAGUCAUUUUCCUAACCGCACUGAACAGCAAUGUCAGUAUCGCUGGCUAAGAGUGCUAAAUCCUGUUCUUGUGAAAGGCCCCUGGACUAAACAAGAAGAUCAGAAGGUCAUUGAAUUGGUGAAAAAAUAUGGCACAAAGCAAUGGACGCUCAUAGCCAAGCAUUUGAAAGGCCGGCUAGGAAAGCAAUGUCGGGAACGCUGGCACAACCACCUGAACCCUGAAGUCAAGAAAUCAUCCUGGACGGAAGAGGAAGACCGCAUAAUAUGCGAGGCUCACAAGAUACUUGGAAACCGGUGGGCUGAGAUUGCCAAGCUGCUCCCUGGAAGGACUGAUAAUGCUGUGAAAAACCAUUGGAAUUCUACAAUCAAAAGGAAAGUGGACACAGGAGGCUUUCUUAAUGAAGCAAAAGAAUCCAAACCCCUCUAUUUGCUUGUGGAGGUGGAAGGCAAGGAAGGACAAAAUCCAUCAGAAGGAGAAAAUCAGCAUUUUUUGACCAAUUGGCCUGUCCAGACUUUGGAAGUAAAGAAGGAAGAAGCCGCUGAUGAAGAGCCAGCAGAUCUGCAGAUGUUGCCGUCUGAGCCAAUGCUUGAAAGCCUAGUGGAGCCCAGUGACAAUGACGCAUCAGAAACCAUGGUGCCAGAAGAUCCUUUGAAUGGGAGUUCUGUGUGCACAUGGGUGGUUGAAGCAGGCAAUUACUUAUGUACUGCUGCAGCUCCAGCUAUUUCAGAAGCCCUGGACAUGAUUGAAUCUGACCCGGAUGGCUGGUGUGAUCUCUCUCAGUUUGACCUACCUGAUGAUCUGUCUGCAAGUAACAGCAACAGUCCGGAGAGGCAAGCCUCUAUAAAACCCUACUGCUCAUCACAGAAUGUGACAGAGUACCGUUUAGAUGGCCACACCAUUUCGGAUCUCAGCAAAGGAAGCAAGGGUGAACUCAUCCCCAUUUCACCUUGCACAGACAUGAGCUUUGGCACCCCACCUGCUGUGCUCAAGAGGCAAAAGAAGAGGAAAAUAAGUCUCUCGCCAGUUUUAGAGCGUGGCACCAGUACAAACCUUUCCUUCCUUGAUUCCUGUAUGACACCCAAGAGCACUCCGGUUAAAAGCACCCCCGUCAAAACUUUGCCAUUCUCCCCAUCCCAGUUCCUGAAUUUAUGGACCAAACAAGACACUUUUGAUUUGGAGAACCCCUCCUUAACUUCCACACCCGUCUGUAGCCAGAAGGUGAUUGUGACAACCCCACUGCACAGGGACAAGACCCCACUACUGCAGAAGACCUCUGUAUUUGUAACUCCUGAUCAGAAAUACACGGCAGACAAUACACCUCAUACCCCAACUCCUUUUAAGAAUGCUCUAGAGAAGUAUGGUCCAAUAAGGCCUUUGCCCCAAACACCUAAUCUGGAAGAGGAUUUGAAAGAAGUACUCUGGAGUGAGACUGGAAUGGAACUGAUCAUAGAAGAUGACAUGAAGCCAGAGAAACAGAAGAGGAAACAGGGUUUGCACAGGAGUCCAAUUAAGAAGGUCAGGAAAUCCCUUGCUUUGGAUGUUAUUGAUGAAGACUUGAAGUUGACUGUUUCUUCUGUGGCCAACCCUAUUUGCUUCAAAAGAACUCAGUCCCUAAACUUUUCCUUGUCAAGCAGCAAGAAUGACAACAGUUUACUCAAUAGAGGAUUUGUGCACAUAAAGACUGAGAAGGUGCCAUCUUCCAGAAAAAGCCAAAGUAAAUUCAGGGUACCAGCUCUGAUGUCCAGUGCCUGGAAAACUGUGGCUUGUGGUGGUUCCAAAGAUCAGCUGAUCAUGCAAGACAAAGCUCGUCAAGUCCUGGGUGUUUUGAAACAGAAUCACACAUCUCGGACAUUGAUCCUAUCUUGAAAAACCCUAAUAAUAUGUAGUUCUGCUUUUUGGAAUAUAUGGAAGUGGGGGAAGAGAAAAUAACUGACUUUUUUCAGCACAACUUCUGUUUUGUGACCUCUGAGAUUUGUAUUGUACUGAGUUUCUGAUUCUAAGUGGGGUAUAGAUAAUUUGGGCCUAGCAGAAUGCCAAGAAUGUGGCAGCCCUAAGUGCAAAGAAAUAUCCAUUCUCUUCCUUGGCCAAGAGGGACCUAUGAGCUGAAUGAAUUGACACUGAUGAACAUACCUGGAUGUCUGGAUCUAGUUAGUUUCCACCAACUCUGUUCAGUUUUGCAGUGUUGGGCAAUGGAUUCGGAUAAAAAGGAAGAUUACAUAUUAUCAGGUGGAAGUAUCGGUGAAUGCCAGACUGAACCCAGAAGAUGAUCUGAUAUACUAUGAAACAUUGAAACCACUUCCUCAGAGCAUUGUUAACUAAAAAACUAAUGCAAUCACUGCCUUUAUCUUUUGUCGACAUCUGUUGCUCCUUACGGAAAUCCAGGAUUACUUAAAAAGCAAGCCACAAGGUACAAACCUAGUUUGUGUAAUAUUUCCAAUGUCCACCAGAGGGCACCAAUGUCAACAUAUUGCUCUAGCUCAGCCUAAUAUAAAUCCAUCUAAGGAAUAAGCCAGCUAGCUGAAAGAAACAGUCUUAUGUAUUGGGUGCGCAUUCUUCUAGGAGACUUUGGGAACACUUAUGUAUAAACCUGAAGGCAUGGGACAUACUGCACACAAAAAGCUACAGUGGGUGUAAAUUUGCUUUUGACAAUGUCUGAAAGCCACAUAUACAGUUUUGCUGUAGAAGACAACAUUGGUGUAAUCUUGCAAAUGAAAUGGGUCUCAUUGACGUGAACAGUACAAGGAGGCAGAGCGGUGGUUGGGAUAGGUUGUGCCUUGUUUGGGGCUUGCUCUAUUCAUUUGAAGAGUAUCAUGGUGAUUGGAGAGAUCCUGCCAAAUCAAAUCAUAUUUGUUAACUGAAUCAGCUUCUGGGUGCCUGAAGCUAAUUGCAAACCUGUGUUAUUUGGGCAAAGGGUCCUGUUGCUCUGCUACAGAUUGAUGUCCACGGUGCAAUAGAUAGGGAAACAGACUGUUGUACAUCCACAUCCGCUUCUCUAUUAUCAGGGGCAGAUCCGUAGGCUUGCCUUUGCAAAACGUUUAAUAUGAACCUCAAUCAGUAUGAAAGCCUUUCUCAGAAGUACUUGAAUAUUUUAUAUAUGCAUUUGCAUUUAAAUGUCAGUCACCCUAUACGCGUCUCUGAUAUCUCUAAAUCAAUAACUUAAUUGGGACCCUUGAAGUCUGAAUUUCCAAGACUUUUCGCAAGGCAGGAAAGAAAAAAACGGAAAGAGAAGUCUGAAUGACAUUAGCAUGAGGUUAAACCACUGAGAAUAUGGGAGAUUGUCUAAGCUGAUAUUGAUUGUAUCAAAAUACAGAUGUUCCAGGGAAGCAGAGUCAAUUAAGUUUUCAUUUUUGAAAAUAGGAAUUUCAUUAGUUAAAAUCUACUUUUCCUACUUCUGUGAGAUGCAGAAACUUUAGUAGAUAGAAAUAAGAAAAGCCACAAAGCUGGGGUGAGAAACUGGAUGCCGGAUGUGUCAUGCACAGGCCACGCCCACCUCAGCUCCACAAACAUCGCAAAACAUCACAUGAUGGCAACGUGAUGCGGCAAGUUUGACACCCGUGCCACAAGGCAUCUCUUCUGAGUAGCAAAGCUGGUGAUCAUCUUAAAUGGUGAAAUUAUAUCAAUCAUGCCUGAUAAGUUCUUGAAAAUUCAAGCUUGCAGCUGUAUGAAAGUCUUCAAGAGGCCUGGUUAAGCUAUUUAUGUUUUAGAUUCCCCUCACAACCAGCAGUAUCAUCUUGAUUUCUUUCAUUAUUUAUGCCAUCUAAUCCACACUGCUAUGAUUGCUCUUGAGCAAGUCUUUAUCUCUGUACAUAACCUACCUCACAGGGCUGUUGUGAGGCAAGCUGUAUAGCUCUGAAGGAAUGGAAAAAGAUGCAAA